GUCACUGAUGGAGCUGGAUGCACACACUUGGAUGUAGACCUCAGUCUUCACCGGACUCUUCAUUGCUGGUCAGCAAUGUAUCGGCCAGAUGUGGCGAGGGCUAGGAAAAGAGUUUGUUGGGAGCCCUGGGUUAUCGGCCUUGUCACCUUCAUAUCCCUGAUUGUCCUGGCAGUGUGCAUUGGACUCAUUGUUCAUUAUGUGAGAUAUAAUCAAAGGAAGACCUACAAUUACUAUAGCACAUUGUCAUUUACAACUGACAAAUUAUAUGCUGAGUUUGGCAGAGAGGCUUCUAACAAUUUUACAGAAAUGAGCCAGAGACUUGAAUUAAUGGUGAGAAACGCAUUUUAUAAAACUCCAUUAAGGGGAGAAUUUGUCAAGUCUCAGGUUAUCAAGUUCAGUCAACAGAAACAUGGAGUGUUGGCUCAUAUGCUGUUGAUUUGUAGAUUUCGCUCUACUGAGGAUCCUGAAACUGUAAAUAAAAUUGUUCAACGUGUUUUACAUGAAAAGCUGCAAGAUGCUACAGGACCCCCUAAAGUAGAUCCUGCAUCAGUUAAAAUUAAAAAAAUCAACAAGACAGAAACAGACAACUAUCUGAACCUUUGCUGUGGAACACGAAGAAGUAAAUAUCCAGGUCAGAGUCUUAGAAUCGUUGGUGGCACAGAAGCAGAAGAGGGUGAAUGGCCCUGGCAAGCUAGCCUGCAGUGGGAUGGGAGCCACCGCUGUGGAGCAACCUUAAUUAAUGCCACAUGGCUUGUGAGUGCUGCUCACUGCUUUACAACAUAUAAGGACCCUGCCAGAUGGAUUGCUUCCUUUGGAGUAACAAUAAAACCUUCAAAAAUAAAACGUGGUCUACGCAGAAUAAUUGUCCAUGAAAAAUACAAACACUCAACACAUGACUAUGAUAUUUCACUUGCAGAGCUUUCUAGACCUGUUCCUUACACAAAUGCAGUACAUAGAGUUUGUCUCCCUGAUGCAUCCUAUGAGUUUCGCCCAGGUGAUGUGGUGUUUGUGACAGGAUUUGGAGCACUGCAAAAUGAUGGCACCAGUCAAAAUCAUCUUCGACAAGCACAGGUGACUCUCAUAGACACUGCAACUUGCAACGAACCUCAAGCUUACAAUGGUGCCAUAACUCCUAGAAUGUUAUGUGCUGGCUCCUUAAAAGGAAAAAGAGAUGCAUGCCAGGGUGACUCUGGAGGACCACUGGUCAGUUCAGAUGCUAGAGAUAUCUGGUAUCUUGCUGGAAUAGUAAGCUGGGGAGAUGAAUGUGCGAAACCCAACAAGCCUGGUGUUUAUACCAGAGUUACUGCCUUGCGGGACUGGAUUACUUCCAAAACUGGUAUCUAAGAGAGUAAAGCCUAAUAGAAGAGAUCCAAUUUUUUUUUGGAUGUAGAGGUCAUUUUCAGAGAUACAGAAUUGGAGAAGAAGACUUGCAAAUCAACUAGAUUUGACUGAUCUCACUCACUAAACUGUUUGCUUGCUACAUAUGUUUUCUUCCCAACUCUGUUCCACACAUAAGCAUCCUGGUUCUGCCAGAUCAACUCUGUGAUCCUCUCAGCAAUAGUUCAAACUUUAUGCACAUAGAGAAAUAGAUAAUACAAUCUUACAUUACAGCCUGCAUGCCUUUGUUCUUCAGAAGUUUUGUCGUCAGAGUUUUGACUUGUUGACAUAAAUUUCUCCUGCAUAUAUACAAUUUGAAGCACUCUUUUUCUUCAGUUCCUCAAUUCCUCUCAUUUUAGUAAAUAUCCAUUUUCAAGGCACAGAACAAGGAGUGAAAGAAAAUAUAAGAAGAAAAAAUCCCCUACAAUUUAUUGGCACAGGAAAGUAUUAGGUGUUUUUCUUUUCCUUAGCGGAAUAUGGGAAAUGAUCAUAUUCAUUAUGAAAAGUCAAGCAAAGAAAUACCGCAGAAUAUCAAUCAGUUCAUCAUUUAAGAAGUAUGGGAACUAAGGAAAUCAAGAAAGAAGCCAAGAUAUAGCUUUAUUUUCAUUUCCAAACAGCUACUAUGAUAAAUGUGAAGAAGACUCUGUUUUCUUGUGAUCUACAAUAAUGAUACAAACUCCAUGCAAUGUACUUGUUCUAAGCAAGUUAUAGCAAAUAUUUAUUUAACAACUUGUUACUGAGUUGUUAGAGACACAGCUUUCAGUAAUCUAAGCCACAACAAAGUUAGGACUGGUACCAUGACAUAUGACUUGUUAAUGGUGAGAUUUCAUCAAGUCUUUCUCAUUGCACACAGCUACUCAUAUAAAUUUUAUAUUGUACCAUAAUUACCUUGAAAAUCAAUAUUAGUGGGAAAAAUUUCACUUUAUUGACUUGAAUAACAUUGGAGUAUGAACUGAUAAAAUUUAGGCACUUGGCAAGAAUACAAAAACUGACCUGAAUUGAUAGUGUUAAAUAUUUUGCAUAAACUAUUUUUCUUUCAUUGAACAAAAUGCUCUGAAAAAAAAAAAAAAACUGAGGAAAACCUUGAAUUUUAAUCAAGGAUGCAAGUAUGUUUAAAACUACUCUCAGUAUUCUGUGAAAAAUGAAUUCCCCUUGUUUCAGUGUGUUCUGUAGUUGAGCCUCUAGGUGGCACCCACAAGCUGUGGGAAGUUAUAGGGAAGUCUGGCAUCUAGAUGGAUUCAAGAAGAAUGUGUAGAUCUUUAAAUAAUAAUGAGAACUGUACCUGAGUUUAGAGUCUUG